AUGGUUGCCCCGGCAACACCGAGCUAUCUGAAGUGGUCGCAGACCGCCAUUACAUUCGACCAGUCUGAUCACCCAGCGCACAUUGCCACCGCAGGGAGGCAAGCAUUGGUGGUCGACCCAGUGGUUGAAGGCACCCGACUGACUAAGGUGCUGAUGGAUGGUGGCAGCGGCCUGAAUAUCCUGUACGCGGAGACCUUGAAGGGGAUGGGCAUUCCGAUGUCCAAACUCAGCGCAAGCAGCAUGAGUUUUCAUGGAGUUAUCCCUGGCAAGAAGGCCCAUUCACUCGGCCAAAUUGCGCUAGAUGUGGUUUUCGGUGAUUCCAAGAAUUACCGGAAAGAGAAGUUGACUUUUGAGGUCGUGGAUUUCCAGAGUGCCUAUCACGCUAUCUUGGGCAGGCCUGCAUACGCUCGUUUCAUGGCUCGACCAUGUUACGUCUACCUCAAGAUGAAAAUGCCUGGUCCUAAGGGAGUGAUCACUGUGACUGGCAAUCGGCAAAAGGCAGAGGAGUGCUUUCAGAAGGGCUCCAGGAUCGCUGAUGCACAAAUGGCAGUAGUCGAGUUACAAGAGUAUCAGAAGAAUGCAGAUCCGAGUGACUUGCUACGAUCAAAGAAGCCGGCAACCGACUCUGCCUUUCAGUCGUCUGGUGAAACCAAGCCGGUUCACAUCCAUCCGACUGACCCAGAGGCUGCCCCGACUCACAUUUCCACCACCCUUGACAGCAAAUAG